AUGCAUUUUGCUGAGACUGAAUUGAGGAACUUCGUCGGGCCGAGUUGCACGCUUUUAUGGUCCCAGAGGUCGGCCGCUCCUCGAGCCUUGGCAGCCAACUGCGAGGCCACACUGGGCAGAUUGUUCCCUGGGAAUGCCAAGUCUCGUACACAAUUCCCCCAGGCUCUUCCAGAUAGCUCAAACGAACCACAACAGCUCGAAGUCUCUGAUGUUGCUGCGUCUUGGGGGUACUCAAUGCGCAUGUGUGGACAAGCACAUAGCAGACGUUCAAAGUGCACUGACUCGCACCGAGCUGAUAGGUCAUUCGAAGCCCCGGUCACAGGCAACAAGCUACUAAGGCCCCGCAAUGAUCUUGCCCAACAACAUGAAAAGUACGGCUGUGUUACUAUGCUCAUCUAUCCAGCUUGUGGUAGGAUAAGGAUCCCUGCUCAGUUCUGGGCCCAUGGAACUCAGAGUACGACUCCGCCAACAUCCAGAAUCGAAGUAGAGGCCACCUACGACAUGCUCGAUCGGAAACAUCAGAUCCAAAGUCGGCCGAGUUCGAGCCUCGGAGUGUGGAAUCGAUUCAGAUCACUGUCAGGAUGGAGGAAGAGCGCUAUCGUCAACACAGUUCUGGUCUCGGCCGUCUUCUUGGUUUUGCUUAUUUGCCAUAUUGUUCUUUGGGCCACAUCAGGCCAUGUGGCAGGAUACCAGAUCAUAUAUUCUGAGAGAUGCGCCGACAAUGCUAUUGGCCGUCUGAACACACUAUUUCACUUGAUGAUCAACGUGCUGUCAUCACUUGUCCUCGCAUCCACCAACUUCUUCAUGCAAGUUCUCAAUGCGCCGAGCAGAGAAGAGCUUGACAACGCUCACGAAAAGGGGUCUUGGCUCGAUGUUGGCAUUCCCUCACCUCGAAACGUCUUCAGAGUCUCGCGCUUCAAAAGGAUUAUGUGGAUCCUCUUCUUCCUGUCGUCGGUUCCAAUACAUUUACUCUUCAACUCGGCCAUUUUUGCCACAGACCAUCGCGAAUCCACAUUCAGCUACUUCGUAUUUGAUGAGUCUGUGCUUAAUGGGGGAGCGGCUUACGAUCCCGGUACUAGGCUUGCGAUACCUUACGAUUACAAGAUCUUACAAGAUCACGCCUAUUUGUGGAGUAACGAUUCACGGGAAAAUUCAACGGAAUUGUAUGGUGCAAGGGAAAUGUAUUUCAACUCUGACCAUGAAAUCAGAAGUUUGAUUAUCCGAGACACAGUGGAAUCGAUCCGCAACGGCAGCUGGCACCGCCUCGACAAGCAUAAAUGCAGGUCGAUCUACAGCACAACCCAGUGCGAUGGGCUUCGAACUUACUCCAAUGUCGCAUUGGUCCUGAGUGGCUCUUCUGGGUGGAACCGCUCGGUGGUCUGGGACUUGCCUGCGAGUGAGUCUUCCUACUGGGACGCAUACAUGCCAAACAACGUCAACAAUUCACUAUGGUCUGCCGAUAUCUAUUUAUCGAACUCGUCGCAUGAGCCUUGUCAAAUACAGAUGUAUGGUGACGGGGAGACUGGGACUCAAAAGUUCUGUAACAACAACUGCAACAGGAAAAUGGGAUUACAUGAUGCGAAUACUGACUUGUGGAUCUAUUCUCUCUUUCCCACCCCUUCCUUCGAUUCUGAUGACACUUGGUAUGACUUGUCCCCUGAUCUCCUGCUCAAUUCAACAUCACCUGAGCCAGCAUUUGAGAACGCCCAACUGAGCGUUGAGUACUGUCUCGCAGAGCCAAUCGAAACCAUCUGUCAAAUUGGAUUGGCUUCGACUCUACUAUGGGUCGUGUCCUUCUGUGUUCUACUCAAGGCUGUCCUUUGCAUUGUUGUUAUCGUCAAAUUGGAGAAGCACACUUCUCUGGUGACUCCUGGAGACGUGAUAGAAUCUUUUAUCAGCCAUCCCCCAGAGUAUUCGUUAGGCUCAUGCCUUCUCGAUAGCAGAUCCCUAGUUUCAGACCGGAAAUCAAAUGGGCAUUCGCUGCUCCAUGGACCGGUACAAUGGACUUCUAAGAGGCACAGAAGAUGGCAUGCCAUUCCUAAACACGUUUGGUGGACAUCUUACUUGAUCUUCGCAACUGGAGUUGUUCUCUUGAUCACUUUUUUCGUCAUGUCCUUCUUGGCAACACACUGGCAAGGAUCUUUCAGUCAAAAUGUCGCGAACAAGACGAUAGGCUUUCCGUUCUCGCCCACGUUUGAGCAGGCAAUCCUGAUUGCCAACUCGCCACAACUAUUCUUGUCUUUCGCGUACCUGGCUUUGAACGGGCUCUUCACGAGAUUUCACAUGGCUAAGGAAUGGGCUGCUAUGAGCACUCGAUACAAAGCGCUGAGAGUGACAAAUCCCAAGGGCCAGCAGAUCUCGACAUACUUCCUUCAGCUUCCGUACCGUUACAGUGUACCCCUUCUCAUUAUCAGCAUCUUGCUCCACUGGGUGUUAUCAGGCUGCAUAUACCUUCUCGUCAUGCAGGGUGGCUACUUUGGCUACGACACCAAUGGACCUUUUGACUCGUUCAUGGCUCUCGGGUUCUCUACCAAGUCGCUUUUUACGAUGCUCACUCUGUCCAUCGUGUUGUCAAUCACCCUACCAUUCUUUGGCCGUAUGUCUUUGCCGCCUAACACCGUCGUAGUGGGAAGUAACUCGCUUGCUAUUGCUGCAGCUUGUCAGGUGUCGCCACUCACUGUCGAAAGUGCCGCGAAGGCCUAUUUUGGGAAGACGGGCGUGGAGUACAACUCUGCCCACCAAGAAAAUGAGAUCGAACUACGACAUUUGAUGGCGCCAAGUCCCAGCCUGCUGACAGGGGGAGAUCAAGCUUCAGCGACCUGGAACGACGAGGAGGACCGAAAAACCAUUCUGUUUCGGGUCUCACAGAGCAAGAUUAGGUGGGGCGUGGUGAAGAUGCCACCGUCUUGGGCGGAGCAGUUCAAUAGGCGGGAUACAGAAGUCGAGCACAUCAGUUUCGGUGUGCCUGAAGACGACGUGCAGGAGCCUGUACCGGGUCACUGGUAUGCCUGAGCAACACGGCUGUAACUUCCGGUAAUGAACGUCUGCCAGUCACGAUAAUAUAAAGUCACCAAACAGACCUACCAGGCACGAAAAGGCUUAUACCGCCUCGAAUCUUGAAACUUCUGACGCACGAGAGUCUUGUUUCCUUCCAAAGGGCCGGAUUCAUUAAUCGGAAA